AUGGAACCAAAUAUAUGCAGAGACAAUGUGUAUAGGCUGGUUAUUAAGAAAAAAAUCUUAAUACAUGGAGAUUAUAAUGAUGCCAUUGUUGAUCGUGUUGGGGACCUCCUAUGGUAUAGGGUCCCUGAAAAACAAAAAACUAAGGUCCAAGAACUUUACAGAGAUCUCACUGACCAAAUUAUUGAGGUCUUAACGCCAGCAACCGGUGAACGACCUUUAGGCGAAAUUUUUAAUCGCGGCAUUGCGGACUGCUUUCCGUCACCAACCAAUGCUGAGAAUCAAA